AUGUUCCAUCAAGGCUCGACUCGAUCCCGACGCUCCAAAGAAGGAAAAACCAAAGAGGUGUUGCGACAACGGAGGAGCAUUAGCGACAUUGCCUUGCACUUCGUGCAUAAUCAGGGGAAAGAGGAAUUCAAAAACGAGGAUGUCCGUGGCUUGGUCCGGCUUUGCGGCAAAAGUAUGUUCUACCUGCCUGCAGAGUAUGCCACUGGCUCCCUGGUCUUGCCUACAUGUCUCCGUGCGACAGCGCAAUAUCUCGUUCAACAUGGUCACACGAGUGGCAUAUUCCGGGUGCCCGGCUCUGUGCGCACGAUAAACGCCCUCUACGACUAUUAUUGCGCAGAUAGCACAGGCGAGGACAUAGCAACGACCACUCGAUGUCCAAAUCUCCCCUCUCAUCUCAACUGUGGCGUCCACGACAUUGCAUCCACGUUCAAACGGCUUCUGGCUGGCUUACCUGGGGGCAUACUAGGAUCGCUCUCCUUGUUCGAUGCUUUGGUCGCGAUAAAUAGUCAACUUCACGGCUACGCUGAGACCAGCAGAACAAAAGAGAGUAGGCUGAAAGCAAGGCUUAUUGCUUUGGCUAUUUCAACCGUCAGGUCCCAAUACCAGCGCGAGUUGAUUUGCUCAGUGUUUGGCUUGUUAUGUCUAGUAGGUCGAGCUGCGGAAACGGCGCCAAGGGAAGACUUUUUAGGAAGACCUGUACCAACUGCUGAUCUGAUGGGAUACAAUGCCCUAUCCAUUGUGUUCGGUCCAUUGCUCAUCGGAGACUUGCUGAAGUCCUACAGUAUGAAGUUAGCAGAUCCCGCUCUAGGUCUCAUCAUACUACCAAUUACACCACGUAAAGCUAGAAAGCACCGAAAAGCGAGCCGAACGAAGAAACAAAAACCAAACCUUUUGACGGUUGACAGGAUAUAUGUUGCGAAUGAGAUUACCGAGAUGAUCUUGAUACAUUGGAGAGGCAUAGUACGGCAUUUGAAGGACCUAAAUGCCAUCAAAGAGCAGAAAGGAUAUGGCUCGACGCCUCGUGUUUCAGGCCAUUCUAGAGACGAGACACAAGAGCAUGAAUUACGGAAAUCUAUGUCAGAUACUUUCGACCUGAAAGGCGCUCCGGAUUGGGAAGCACAUGAUGAAUCCUUUCCGUCUCAGAGAUUCAAUUCGCCCCUUGCAGCAACCCCAACUCCGCAACCGAGUGAGUGUCCAUGCAUGUAUACGUUUACCACACAAGCACUAACAACCAUGGCCCAGGGACCUCAGAAGCUCGCAGUGCCGGCAAUAGUACUAAUAACUUGCUCGCAAUUAAGCGCCGACGACCUCGGCCAAUCACCUCAGCAUCCUUGUAUCGGCUGUCACGAGGCCACUCAAUGGGCACUUUGUCACCAACAGUUGAGGAAAGUCCAGCAGAUGGUAACGUUCAAGAACGUAGGAAUGCAUCAGGGAAAUCAUCGGUGA